GGCCUCUAGAGGAGGAAACACUGGUGUGCCCUGGACCAUGGAAGGAAAUCAGACCUGGGAAUCGGAAGCCUGGGCUCCCUCCAGGGACUGGCUAGGACCCCGAGAGACUAGAACAGUUUCUGCCCAGGCCCAUCCCUGGCCUCUGUGUUGAAUGAGCUCCCCAGUGCUGCUACCCUUCGCUACCGUGGCCCUGGGGUGCUGCCCUGGGGAACACUGGAAGAGGAUGAGGAUGAUGAUGAAGGAAGAAGCAUCCAGGCCUUUGCAGAAGCUGCCCAGAUGGAACUGCAUGAAUCCCACCCUUCCAGGGAACUUCCCUGGCCUAUGCAGGCCAGACGAGCCUAUAGAAAGAGCCAGGCUAGAGAGCAAGUAACCUAUGGCUCUGGAUCUAGAGCUGCCCACUGGAUCCGACUGCUUUCCAGGACCAAGGAAAAGAUGAAGGAAGGCUUGCAGACCCUGAAGCCCUGGGCAUGGACAUUGAAGAAGAUCGGGGGCCAGUUUGGAGCGGGCACCGAAUCCUACUUCUCCCUGCUGCGCUUCCUGCUGUUUCUCAACCUGACGUCUUCCGUGAUUCAAGUCUGCAUGAAGCUGCUCCCCACCUGGCUGGGUGGGCCUCCCCCAGGACCUCCUGGCAGUGACACGUCCUCACUCUGUGGCUCCUAUAGCCCCCAAACUCAUGGCCUGGUCUCCUUUCCUACCCAGCUCUUCAAUUUACUGUCGGGAGAGGGUUACCUGGAAUGGUCUCCUCUGUUCUAUGGGUUCUACCCACCCCGAUCGUACCUGGCUGUCACCUACCUGUGCUCUGUCUUUGCCACCGGCCUCAUCUGCCUGCUGCUCAUCCUGCACCGCUCCGUGUCAGGAUUGAAGCAGACGUUGUUGGCGGAGUCAGGGGUUCUGACCAGCUACAGCCACCGAGUGUUCUCAGCCUGGGAUUUUGGUCUUUGCGGGGAGGAGCACGUGCGCCUGCGUCAACGCAUCAUCCUGUAUGAGCUGCAGGUGGAGCUGGAGGAGGCGGUGGUCCGGCGCCGCGCUGCGGGGCAGACGCUGGGCCAGCGAGCCAAGGUGUGGCUGGUGCGCGGGCUGUUCCAGCUGCUGGUGCUCGCGCUCCUCGGGGCGGCUGUCUACGGCGUCUACUGGGUCACUGGGUACACCGUGACGCUGCAGGAGACAGCCGUCGUCCAGCAGACACCGCUGCUCAAGCUUGCGGUGAAUUAUCUUCCAUCCAUAUUCAUCUCGGGAGUCAACCUCGUGCUGCCGCACGUGUUCAAGUUCAUUGCGCCACUGGAGGGCUACACCCGCAGCCGGCAGGUCGUCCUCAUCUUGCUCAGGACCGUGGCCUUGCGACUCACCUCCCUCCUGUUCCUGCUUAUCUCUCUCUGGGGUCAGAUCACUUGUGGGGGUGAUGCCACGGCUGAUGGAUGCAAGACCUGUGGCUACAAUUACAAGGAACUCCCGUGCUGGGAGACUCGGCUGGGCCAGGAGAUGUAUAAGCUGGUGCUGUUUGAUCUGCUGAUGUGCCUGGCGGUCACCCUGUUGUACCAGUUUCCUCGAAAGAUACUCUGUGGCCUUUGUCCUGGGGCCCUGGGACGCCUGGCGGGGACCCAGGAGUUCCAGGUGCCCGACGAGGUGUUGGGGCUCAUGUACUCACAGACAGUGGUCUGGGUGGGGAGCUUUUUCUGCCCCUUAUUGCCUCUGAUCAACACCGCCAAAUUCCUGUUGCUUUUUUAUCUGAAGAAGAUCACCAUCUUCUCCACUUGCUCCCCAGCCUCCCGCACCUUCCGGGCCUCCAUGGCAAAUUUCUUUUUCCCCAUCAUGCUUCUCUUGGGUCUGGCCUUCUCUGCCCUGCCCGUCCUUUACAGCAUCUUUCUGAUCCCACCUUCUAAGCUGUGUGGCCCAUUCCGAGAGAAGUCAUCCAUCUGGGCACAGAUCCCUGAGUCUAUUGAGAGUCUCCCUCAGACAGCGCAGAACAUUCUUUACUUUCUGGGGACCCAGGCUUUUGCUGUGCCCCUUCUGCUAAUCUCCAGCAUCCUGAUGGCAUACACGGUGGCUCUGGCUAACUCCUAUGGACGCCUCAUCUCCGAGCUCAAACGCCAGAUAGAGACAGAAGCACGGAAUAAGGUCUUCCUGGCACAGCGCGCUGUGGUGCUGAACUCGCAGAACGGGGCUUUCUGACCUGCCUGGCUCGAGCUGACGUCCCACUUUGAGCCCCGAGAUCUGUCCUCAGACCCUUGUAUGCCUGGAGGUUUCCAAGUCUUCCCAAGUGACCUCUCAAUUGCACAACUUAAUUGUAUCAAUAAACUCAACCUAGUGUGA